AUGGUUCUAAGAGAUGUCAAGGGCAAAAUCAUAUUCUCAUCAUGUAGGGUGCUAUUUUCAUGUUGUGAGUCUCUCGAAGCUGAAUUAUGUGCGUGCAUUGAAGGUCUCUCUUUCGCCCUACAAAGAAGUGACUUACCUAUCAUAAUUGAGAUGGAUUCUAUAGUUGCUGUCAAGUUGAUCCAAGGCCGGGAAGAGGAUAGAUCAAUCUACGCUUCUCUCAUUAAGGAAAUUAGGCAUCUCUUGUCUCUUCGUGAUUCUUGUAUUACUCAUGUUAAUCAUACUCAGAAUAAUGUUAGUGAUAGUUUAGCUAAGUUUGCUAGAGAUAAGGGCAGAACUAUGACUUGGUUAGGAUCUAGCCGUGAAGUUGCUUUGUGUUUAGCUUUUGAUGAUUGUAAGGAUGUUGUGAUUGAGUAA